GUCAUUGAUUUUGGUAUCGCGAAGAAGUACUGGAACACUGCGACUAAACCUCACAUCCCAUUUUGCCAAGGUCGACAUCUCACAGGCACCCCCGCCUUUGCUUCCAUCAAUAAUCACUUGGGAUUGGAGCUGGGUCGUCAUGAUGACCUGGAAUCACUUGCUUACAUGCUAAUAUAUUUUUUGCAUGGCUCUCUUGCAUGGCUAAAUAGUGACCAUGAGAAGCUUUCCAGCUCCUUGAUAAUCGAAUGCAAAGUGGAUACCACCAUCGCUGAUUUAUGUGAUGGAAUUCCUGCUGCAUUUGCAAAUAUUUUCGUCUACUCAUGCUCUCUUUCAUUCUCGGAGGAUCCAGAUUACGACCAUCUCUGUUCUUUACUUCACAAUCUU